AUGUUGAAGUGUUCCAAGGAAAUGAUAUUUUUGUUUCUGGUGCUGCUGCAGUGUGCACACCUUCAAAAACCCAACGUCGACAACAGAAGACACGAUGUCUACAUAGCGGGAUUCUUUCCGUUCGGCAAGGGUGUAGAAAACUCGGAUACAGGACGGGGAGUCAUGCCUAGUGUCAAGUUAGCUCUAGAUCACGUCAAUGAACAUUCUGCCAUUCUUAGGAACUACAGGCUACACAUGUGGUGGAACGAUACGAUGUGCAAUGCUGCUGUCGGUGUUAAGGCUUUCUUCGACAUGAUGCACAGUGGCCCGCACAAGCUAAUGCUGUUCGGAGCUGCUUGCACGCACGUCACCGAUCCUAUAGCGAAGGCCUCCAAACACUGGCACCUGACACAAUUAUCGUAUGCCGACACCCAUCCCAUGUUUACAAAGGAGAAUUUUCCGAAUUUCUUCCGGAUAGUACCGUCAGAGAAUGCAUUUAAUUCCCCCAGGUUGUCUCUCCUGAAGCAAUUCAAUUGGACUAAGGUCGGGACGAUCUACCAGAACGAGCCGAGGUACUCCCUUGCUCACAACAGGUUGGUUGCUGAAUUAGAUACCAUGGGGUAUCAAGUACUAGAGACCCAGAGUUUUACAAACGAAGUUACCACCGCCCUUACAAAACUGAAGGAAAAGGACACCAGGAUAAUUUUAGGAAACUUCAAUGAGAGAUGGGCCAGAGAAAUUUUUUGCGAAGCUUACAAACUGAAAAUGUACGGUCGGAAGUACCAGUGGAUCGUGAUGGGAACUUAUAGCUUUGAGUGGUGGAAGAAGUUAGAGUUUGAGUUUAAUUGUACCUUGGAAGAGCUCGAGGAGUCCUUGGAGCAGACUAUCUUAACCGAUCUGUUGCCAUUGUCAACUAGCGGAGAAAUCACCAUUUCUGGGAUAACUGCAGACGAAUACAGGAUGGAGUACGAUUCUAGAAGGGGCGUUGAGUAUUCAAGGUUUCACGGCUACACCUACGAUGGUAUUUGGGCGGUCGCCCUAGCCAUUCAAAACGUAGCACACAAGAUAAAGUACUUCCGUCGGAACCAGACCGUCAACGACUUCAGAUACAGAGAUCCUCUUUGGGAGAGAUUAUUUCUGGACGCUCUGCACAACACCAGCUUUGAAGGCGUGACUGGCCCGGUAAGGUUCUACGAUAAUGAAAGGAAAGCCAGUAUCCUGUUGAAGCAGUUUCAAGAGGGGCGAGAAAUAAAAGUGGGGGAAUACAGCGCGGCCACCCAACAUCUUGACUUGACUCUCGGGGCACCCCUUAAGUGGAUCGGCAAACAUCCUCCAAAGGAUCGGACUCUAGUCAUCAUAGAACACACGAGAGUAAACAAAACGGUCUACGCGAUUUUAGCCACUUUGGCGGUGUGCGGAAUUAUAAUGGCCAUAGUCUUCUUGGCCUUCAACAUAAAAUACAGGAAUCAGCGCUACAUAAAAAUGUCCAGCCCGCAGCUGAACAACCUGAUCAUUAUCGGCUGUAUGCUUACGUACACUAGCAUCAUCUUCCUCGGCUUAGAUUCUGGAUUAUCCAGCAUAGACGCCUUUCCCUACAUAUGUACCGCCAGGGCCUGGUCCCUCAUGGCGGGCUUCUCCCUAGCCUUCGGCGCAAUGUUCAGCAAGACCUGGAGGGUGCACUCCAUUUUCACAGACGUCAAACUCAACAAAAAGGUCAUCAAGGAUUAUCAGCUGUUUAUGGUGGUAGGCGUGCUUCUUUUCAUCGACCUGGUCAUUAUGACUACAUGGCAGGUGGCCGAUCCCUUUUACAGAGAUACCAAACAAAUGGAACGAUACCCUCACCCUUCCAACGAAGACAUCAUCAUCAUACCCGAAAACGAAUACUGUGCGUCUGAACAUCAAACCAUUUUCGUAGGAUGCAUCUACGCGUACAAAGGCCUGCUAAUGAUUUUCGGAGCCUUCUUGGCUUGGGAGACUCGUCACGUUUCCAUCCCGGCACUGAACGACAGUAGGCACGUUGGUCUGUCCGUUUACAAUGUUGCUAUCAUGUGCAUUUGCGGCGCUGCCGUGGCGCUGGUUCUUGUAGACCAUCAGGAUGCUAUGUUUUUAAUUAUCGGCGUUUUUGUAAUGUUCUGCACCACGGCCACCCUGUGGUUGGUAUUUGUCCCGAAAAUGUUGGAGCUGCGCCGCAACCCCGGCGGUUCCAUCGACAAACGGUUUAGGCCCACUCUGAGACCCAUGUCGAAGACUAGAAGGGACUCGAGCGCCUCCGAGCUGGAGAGUAAACUCAAAGAUGUCAAAAGCUUAAAUUCCAAGUACAGGAAGACACUUCUGGAGAAGGAGUCCGAGUUACAGAUGCUCAUUAGAAGAUUGGGCAGCGAGGCCCGCGAAAUACUCGACUCCCGAACGGAUUCCAUGAGCGAUACCAACAGACUCUCCGUGCCCCUUAUAAGGAAGGAGCCGCCCAGUGCCACGGAAACCAGCGACAUCACUUCGUUGUGUAGUCUCAGUUCCCAAGACUACACCUCCUUGCACCAUACCGACAGUCAGAAGAAGAAAAGGCCACCCAGUGGCGACUCUCCAAAGGCCGAAAAGCCCACCCAGAACUCCUCACGGCCUCCAGACUUGACCGAGCAAGAUCACUCGAGGCAAGCCAACGGCUCGCUAGCCAGGCCCUCUCUAGAUAAUCUCAAAGUGGACAGCAAUUACAACAGCGUAAAAGACACGUUUGGCUCCGAGUUUGAAAGGUCCAGGGCCGACAAUAGUCCCGCAGAUAUAAAAAAAGACGAACCAAAAAUAUUUAGGACGCCCGUCCAUGAACGCAGAGCCUCCAAGGUCCUGGAUUUAGAGUCGAUGGAGAAACGAAGAAUGAGCGUUAAAAAUGAACUUUUGCCGGAACAAGAGGAGGUGGUGUGUCCCAGGAGGGUGAGCAUUCCGAGUAACAGGACAACUCCGAAGAAGAAACCCGAGUGCGGAACGCACGUGGUGGCCAAAAGUGAGCUUUGGGAUACCGGAAGUCAGCACAGGUGCAUGAAGAGCCAUCAGAAGAGCGGCAGAGUUAGUAUAUCGCAGGAUGAGGAGUCCAAUCACAUGCACCGUACUGUGUCGGAGCGCAACCGACACUCCUCCCAGAAGGAGAAGCGGGAGAAGUCUCCUGUGGCCAAGAAGGAGAUGCCCACCAACAUAUGCAACCAACAAUGCAACAAGCUGGGCUAUUUUCAGAGCACUCCGAAUGUGGCCGCUCUCAAAACCAACGUGCACACGCCUAAGAGGGACAAAUCCAUGUACAACGCGACCUCAGAGAGUGAACUGUUAGAUCGCGAAAUCUUGCCGAUUUUCCAAAAACUGCUCACCGAGCGCAACAAGAGCCAGCACAACAUUGAUUACUCUUUUGGGCGAUCUUGUCCCAACAUCUCCAUUAAAUGCGAUAUCGUGGAAUAUUUGUAGUUCUCUUCAUUUCUCGGCGGCACUGUUUAUAUAUUUUUGCACAUACUGUAAGAGAUGGUCUCUUACAGUUUGAGGUGUCUGUGCUCUGUUUUUAAUCGUUUAUCAACUGUGAGAAGUUCAUUUUUUAUUUCUUUGAUAGCCUUCAGUUUUCAUAUUUCGUACUGGUUUAACGCAGAGGCAGGAGAUAUGUGUAGAACGGAGUGUUGCAUGCUUAUGUGGAUAAAAAACAUCUGUUGUGCAGAUUUCAAAAGGUUGUGUUACAUUAUAUGUUGUAUAUUUUAAAUUUAUUGUUAAACUAAUAAAAAUUGUGUUACAUAACAUGCUUUUUAUUUAUAUUCAUAACAAUCCGUCGUCGUACUAAGUAAUUUGAUAAACAUCUAUGAUUAUAUAGAUAUAUAGGUUGGAAUGCUACUUUUCUCUUGUAGUACCUACAUCUAAUUUCCAUAUUUUGCUGUCGAGGAAGUGAUAAUAUCAUGUUGUGGUCUUUUCAAAUAUCAUCUUGAAUCUUCUUUCUUACUUGUGCAUUGAUGUCCUCAGUUUUGUCUGUAGUGACUGUAGACUUUAUAAAAUAAGAAGCAAAAUGUAGAGUAACGGCUGAACCCACGAGCAGCGUAAGCAGUUUUGCUCUUUUCGAUAAGUGUAAAAACAUACUUGAGAUAUUAAUUCUGU